AUGUCGACGGGCUUUGAUAAAUGCAAGACGCGUCCGCCGCAUAUGGACGCCAUAUUAAACGGCCUCGACAGAUACAACCCGGAGACCACCACUGUUUUCCAAGAUUAUGUCGUACAGCAGUGCGAGGACAGAACAUUUGACUGCUAUGCCAACCUAGCCCUGCUGAAACUGUACGUUGAUCUUGUUUCCUACUUUUUUUUUUCCCCUGCUGAGAUCAACAGCUACCAAUUCAACCCACACCUUCUCAACAUCGAAACAACAACAAACAUCCUGGUCAAGGCUCUAACCGUCUUCCCAUCUCCCGCCUUCUCCCUUUCCCUCGCCCUCCUACCCGCCUACACCCAACCAUUCCACAACUCCGCUCCUGCCCAGGGCCCCUCCGCAACCCUCCCCAUCCAAACAGCAGACUUCGUCGAAUCAGUACAGAAGCUAGCUCGUCUCUCCACCCUGCUCGAAUCAGCACAGUACUCCCUCUUUUGGUCAACCCUAAACUCAGAUGACCUCUACGCAGACCUUAUUGCAGACGUAGCUGGGUUCGAAGAGUUGAUUCGCGUACGUAUUGCGGUCGAAGUUGGAAAGGCUUUCCGUGAAAUCAGCGCAGAGAUGCUUAUGGAUUGGCUUGACGUUAAGGGAUUGGACACUUUGGAGAAGUUUGUUGUAGAUGUUUGUGGAUGGGAGGUUGAUAAGAGCGGUGCUUCUGGUGCGAAUGAUGCAAAGAACGUCACCGUGCGUGUGCCGCGGAAUAAGGAGAAUGAAGCCAGGGGUGAAGUUAAGGGUGAGAAGGUCGGCAUUGAGAUGUUUGGCAGGGUUAUUCGGAGAGGUUUCGAGCAGCCUGCUUGA